AUGGUCAUCAAUAUCGACGUGGCUACAGCGGUCAAGAAUUUUUUGCUAAAUUAUGCCGAAGUUCAUGGCUUACCCAGUCCAGUCAGAAAUGUUAAUCGCGUAACCCAAUCCAUUAUCUUUCUACCGGCGGAAAUGAGCUACAGGUCUGUUCACCGUGACUUUUUAGCCGGUCUAGAAGAAAAUAGUAAAUUGCGUGCCCUCAAGUAUGAUGCAUUCCGCAAAUUAUGGCAUCAGCUUCCGUACAUUCAAAUCAUGAGCCCUCGAACCGAUUUAUGCGAUACCUGUCAACAGUUGCGAAAUGACUUGCAAUUUAAAGCCCGCAAAGAGGAAGAUGCCCAGGAUUUAUUAAAGAGAUAUAAAGAGCAUCUAGCUAAAGCCAAGUUAGAGCGAAACUAUUACAACAAAAAUACCAAGUUGGCGGAGGAACAAAGAAAAUUCAUUAAUCAGAAUUACUCUAUACUGAAGGGCAAGAUCGGUAAAAUUUAUUAUCUUAGUGCUCGCAAAGUACACUUGUUUGGUAUCCAAGAUGAAGCGGUCCACGAGCAAAUCAAUUACGUACUAGAUGAAAAUGAACUGCUUGGAAAGGGUCCGAAUGAAUCAAAUUUGCUUCCGUACUUUAAUUUAUAA